CCCCUAGGAACAUCGUGAAAGGGAUGAGAGAGCUUCGGGAGGUCCUACGUACAGUGGAGACCAAAGCAACUCAGAACUUCAAAGUGAUGGCGGCCAAGCAUCUGGCAGGGGUCCUACUACACUCCUUGAGUGAGGAGUGCUACUGGAGCCCCCUGUCCCACCCACUGCCUGAGUUCAUGAGCAAGGAGGAGAACUCCUUCAUCACGCAGGCCCUGCGGAAACCUCACCUCUACGAAGGAGACAACCUCUACUGCCCGAAGGAUAAUAUAGAGGAAGCCCUCCUGCUGCUGCUCAUCAGUGAGUCCAUG